CCUCCUCCCUUUAAUCCCAAACCAAACUCCAACCACCAACAAGCAUUAACGAUGGCCUUCUCCACGAAAAGAGUGGCCAUCUCCACCCUCGUCUCCUUGGGGUUCAUCUUAGCCGGCAAGCCCCUACUCCCCAUCCAGGCCCUCGUACCCCUCUCUAUCUUCCUCUUCCUCGCGUCUCUUACGUCGAUCUCCAACUCCAGGCCUUCCGACACUCCUCCGGGGCCCGUUUCGAUCCCCAUAUUCGGCAACUGGCUCCAAGUCGGCAAUGACCUCAACCAUCGGUUCCUGGCGAGCAUGGCGAAGAAGUACGGGAGCGUGUUCCUCCUGAGGCUGGGUGCUCGGAACUUGGUGGUGGUGUCGGACCCGAAGCUGGCGUCGGAGGUCCUCCACACCCAGGGGGUGGAAUUCGGGUCCCGUCCCCGGAACGUGGUGUUCGACAUCUUCACGGGCAACGGGCAGGACAUGGUGUUCACGGUGUACGGCGAGCAUUGGCGCAAGAUGCGGCGGAUCAUGACGCUCCCCUUCUUCACCAACAAGGUGGUGCAGCAGUACAGGGAGACGUGGGAGGAGGAGAUGGACGCCGUCGUCGAAGACCUACGUGGCAACAAGAGGGCGCAGGAGGAGGGCAUGGUCAUCCGGAGGCGGCUGCAGCUCAUGCUCUACAACAUCAUGUACCGGAUGAUGUUCGACGCCCGCUUCGAGUCGGACUCGGACCCGCUUUUCCUGCAGGCCACCAAGUUCAACUCGGAGCGCAGCCGGCUGGCUCAGAGCUUCGAGUACAACUACGGGGACUUCAUUCCCAUUCUGAGGCCAUUCUUGAGGGGUUAUCUGAACAAGUGCAAGGAUCUGCAGAGCAGGAGGCUGGCUUUCUUUAACAACAAUUAUGUGGAGAAAAGAAGAAAAGUGAUGGCCGCCAGUGGAGAUAGAAAUAAGCUCAGAUGCGCUAUAGAUCACAUACUGGAGGCGGAAAAGAAUGGAGAAAUCAGUUCGGAGAAUGUGAUAUAUAUUGUGGAGAACAUCAAUGUUGCAGCCAUCGAGACGACGUUGUGGUCGAUGGAGUGGGCAAUAGCGGAGCUGGUGAACCAUCCCACCGUCCAAGCGAAGGUCCGAGGAGAGAUUGCAGAUGUUCUUGGUGAGGAACCGGUGACCGAAUCGAACCUGCACAAGCUGCCAUACUUGCAAGCAGUUGUGAAGGAAACGCUGAGGCUGCACUCACCCAUUCCACUGCUGGUCCCCCACAUGAACUUGGAGGAGGCCAAGCUCGGCGGCUUCACAAUUCCAAGGGGCUCGAAGGUGGUGGUCAACGCGUGGUGGCUCGCCAACAAUCCCGAGUGGUGGGACAAGCCUGAAGAAUUCCGGCCCGAGCGAUUCCUCACGGAGGAAAUGGAUGUCGACGCCGUGGUGGGUGGCAAGGUGGACUUCAGGUUCUUGCCCUUCGGGGUUGGCCGAAGGAGUUGCCCCGGGAUCAUACUGGCGUUGCCCAUCCUAGGACUCAUCGUAGGAAAACUGGUCAGGAAUUUUGAACUCGUGCCACCACCUGGGGUAGACAAGAUUGAUGUUAGUGAGAAAGGAGGCCAAUUCAGUCUGCACAUCGCAACGCACUCGGUCAUAGCUUUCCGUCCGAUUGCGGCGUGAAUGGAUUGGAAAAAAGUCGAUGAAGUAUGCAACCAGUCACUAUGUUUACGUAAUAACUUUAUUUAAUGAUAACACAAAGGCAAGGGAGAGAGAGAGAGACUCCCGAAUAAGAAUGUUGAAUGUUCUUGCGACCGGUAGGUGUACGGGAAAAAUUGUUAAUGCUGUGGUGUUCGUGGUUGUCGGGUCUUCUAGUUAUUUACUAUGUACCGUGAUGUAAAUUUGUACCGUGCAUGCAUUUCUGGUUAAUAUAUGAGACUAUGAGCAAGUUAA